AUGGCGGAGGAGGAGGAGCUGGCGAUGGGGUCGGACGACGACGGCGACGCGGAGAGCCCCGACGAGAUUCUCGCCAAGUUCGACGACCGAUCGCAGCGCGUCGCCCACUUCCUGUCCGAGGGUCGAGUCCCGGAGGCGCUCAAGGUGGCUGUGGGCGACCCGCCCAUCGCCACGCGCGACCAGAAAUGCAAGCCUGCCCCGCCCCCUCUGAAUCUCAAAGAGCAUGGCAGGCACAUUCCUUAG